UCACAACUAGAUUCGGGUUCAGGUUUAACAGUGAUUUCGGAAAAAAUUUUCUACGAACUGUUCAAUAAAAAUUCUAUUUUAAGGAAGGUUUUUAAGAGUGUUAACGGUUACCCUGGUGAAGAAAUUAAUGUUUUGGGUUUCUUUCUCGCGGAGAUGGUUUUCAAUGGUAAGACUUGCGAAUCUUUCAGCAUUUUUGUAGUUGAGAAAGGAGGUCCAAAUUUGUUAGGCAGGGAUUUUAUGGAUAAAUUUAACAUAAAAUUGACUAAUAUCAAUAUGUUAGACCAUACCGAACCUAAAUUAGAACAAUUAAAUAUUAAAUAUUCAAAUUUAUUUAGUGACGGAAUGGGUAGAUAUGUGCAUAAAAAAUUUAAAAUCAGGUUGAAGGAUAAUGCUACGCCGAUAUUUCACAAACCAAGACAAAUUCCUUUCGCAUUUAAGGGCCAGGUGGAAGAGAAGCUGUAUAGGUUGGAGAAAUUGGGUGUAAUUUCCCAGGUCGAGUCAAGCAAAUGGGGGAGUCCAUUAGUACCGAUUCUAAAGAGCGAUGGUAGAAUUAGAAUAUGCGCGGAUUAUAAAGUUACGAUAAACAAGUUUGUUCAAGAGGUAAAAUAUCCAUUACCGAGAAUCGAAGAAAUAUUUCAAAAAGUGAGCAAGGAAAAACAGUUUAGUAAAAUAGAUCUGA